GAACCUUCCCCGCACGCGUUUAAAGAGACCAUUCGCACGUGCUCACACCCGACUAGGAUUUGGUACGGUCAAAACCUGCACGUGCCAGCCCAUCUCCCAAUAAACUCACGCACUCUUGUCCAGGUGUUCUCUUUCCCUGCCUCGUUAUAUCCCUCUCUAUAAAGCAUAAACCACUGCCUUCUCUCUUCCCUUCCACUUUAACUAAACUCAGCUUAUUAUUAUUCCCCUCUUGAAUUUUCCCAAUUCGGAUCUUCCUACCCGAUUCCAAAUCCGAAAUACUUUUUUCUUAAAAAAGAAAAAUAGAUGCAGUGAUAAUGGAGAUGGAAACUCGAGCAAGUUUCACUUACAUGGGAAGGAGCUUUGGCAACACGAGUGUUAACGAUGAUUCUUCUGCUUUUAGCGAUUGCAACAGCGACAGAUCCGGAGAGUUCCCUACGGCGUCGUCUGAGAGUAGGCGAUUAUUAAUAGCUUGCGCAGCGGAGAAUUCUGACGAUUUUAUCCGCCAGCUUGUAUUGGAUCUCGAAUCAUGUUCUAUCGACGAGCAAAAACAAGCGGCCAUGGAGAUUAGACUCCUCGCCAAGAAUAAACCAGAGAAUCGUCUCAAAAUUGUUAAAGCAGGCGCGCUUAAGCCUUUGAUUUCAUUAAUAUCCUGUUCGGAUUCUCAGCUUCAAGAAUACGGUGUCACAGCAAUUUUGAAUUUAUCUUUAUGUGAUGAGAAUAAAGAAGUGAUUGCUUCGUCAGGAGCGAUUAAGCCAUUAGUUAGGGCUUUAAAAACAGGGACAUCAACUGCUAAAGAAAACGCAGCAUGUGCUUUGCUACGUCUCUCACAAGUAGAAGAAAACAAAGUCGCAAUCGGACGAUCAGGGUCGAUUCCGCUUUUAGUGAACUUACUCGAGACCGGAGGAUUUCGCGGGAAAAAAGAUGCAGCAACAGCUUUAUAUUCGUUAUGUUCGGUGAAAGAAAAUAAGAUGAGGGCCGUCCAAGCUGGGAUCAUGAAACCAUUAGUGGAAUUAAUGGCUGAUUUUGAGUCAAACAUGGUUGAUAAGUCAGCGUUUGUUUUGAGUCUUCUGGUUUCGGUUACGGAAGCGAGAACGGCGUUAGUCGAGGAAGGAGGGAUACCGGUUCUGGUAGAGAUAAUCGAGGUUGGUUCUCAAAGGCAAAAAGAGAUUGCUGUUGCUAUUUUAUUGCAGAUUUGUGAGGAUAAUUUAAUGCGUCGUGCUAUGGUGGUUCGUGAAGGUGCGAUUCCUCCUUUGAUUGCUUUGUCACAGUCCGGUACCAAUCGCGCCAAACAAAAGGCGGAAACACUGAUAGAUCUUCUACGGCAACCAAGAUCCGGGAACGCCGCUGCCAGAACACCAGACGUGUCUGUAUGAAUUGGUGUCCAUGUCCCUACCACAUGCCCAUGUGUAAUCAUACGUACAAACUGUUGAUAGCUUUCUCUUUUUUUUUUUUUUUUUUUCCCUUUCUUUUCUAAAAGAAAAAAAGAAAGAGAUAAAACUUGUAAAUAUCUGUGUUACGGAGCUUGUAAAAGUUUUAAAGUGGUUUAAGUUUGGUAUGAGGCCUCUGUUUGCCUUUCUGAA